CGAUGAUGUAGUGUAUCGCUGGUUGCUGUUGCUCUGUGAAUAUCAAAGUAUUAUUUGCACAUGCAAAAAUACGGUGUUUGGGGUCUGCACACUGCACGUGACCAAAAACGCUGAUCAAAACGGCUUUCCAUAGAUCCGAUCACUGUUCUGUAAACCCUCUCAAACCCCGGCCUCCCUCACCCCCUCCCUAGGGGGUGCCCCACUCCACUGUCUGGGCACUGGACGGAUAAAUAGCUCGGGCUUACGCAGGUCCUGUGGCUUUUGCUUUCGACUUCGCUAUAAGACAUCAUGUCGGACGCUGUCUCCAUCAGAACCACACGCAGUGCACCUCCAAGUUACAGUGUUGCACUUCAACAUUCAACACAUGAAGAAGAAGAACCCCCAAGAGUUGUACCGGAAGGACCAAGGCUGGUGGUGUUAGCGCCCCAGGUCAAUUCAUCGACUGAUACCCUCGUUGGAGCCACCGCAAGAGACCAUUCAGCUAACGUAGAAGCAAGAGGUCCAUUCACAUUUUCACCCUUUGGUCCAAACGCUAUGCUGCUUUUGCCUCAUGCGCUCUCUUCAAAUUCACGUCCUCUGUAUCACAUAUCUAUCUCGAACGACUGCUUCAGACCUCAGAUAUACACCACAACUAUUCGCAGAGGAACGGAGCAAGGCCAGAUUAUCGCAGAAAUUCAACGGUCCAUAUUACGCGAUGAUGGAUAUCGCGGGACUGUUGAAUACAUAGAGCCAAGGCGGCAUAAGAUAGCUUAUCUUGACGAUGUACAUUCUAAACAGUCCGCAGACCACGAAAAGAUGCGAUUUGAGUGGCGUUUUAAUAAGGACAUGCGUCUCAUGUGGCAAACAAAUUGCGCGGAAAAAAAAGUGAUAUCCGUUCAGUGUACUAAGUUUGGAACGUUGAAGAAUCCUCCGAUUCUUGCUACUUUCAUUCCGACCAAAAAGAAGGGGGAGCUUCAGACAUUGGACAUCACUUCGGAGGGACGACCUUACAUGGACGAUAUCAUAGUCUCGUGCCUCGUAACAGAGGGGAGAAGAACUACCAUGUAUGAUAGGUGAACUCAGAGAUACUAUACAUACACGGCUGGAUAUAUAUACCGAGCACGCAUGUCCGCCGGUAUGGGUGAGCUGUGUCCUGCAGAUACCUUGCUAUACAUACACUGACGGACAUAUUCUACACGCAUCUGAUAAUCAAGUGAAUUUAGGCCAUGAGAGCAAUAUGUUUGAGUUCA